CUAUUUAAUACCCUCUCCUCUCCCCUCCCGACUCCAUACCCAUCUCAUCCCUCUGUUGAGCGCCUCAGACCCUUUCCGACCUUUAGCUGCACUGCUUUAGCUGCUGCCUCCUUAAGGAUCCCUGCAAGAAAGAGGAGGAAAAAGUAAAGAGGAGGUAGUAAGGACAUAUCGAGAAAGAAAGGAAGAAAGGAAGAGCGGGGAGUGGUCAAAGACGAUGAUGGGAAAGGAUGAUUUAGGUCUGAGUCUCAGCCUGAGCUCCUCCAGUCAUCAUCAUCGGCAUUUGCCUCUUCAGCUCAACCUCAUGCCUUCCUCUUCUGCUUCCGGCCGUCCGCCAUCGCCACCCUUCCCUUGCCACCAGACGACCCAGUGGGCUGGUCUCCUUGCUGACUCAGCAGAUAAGAGACCGGUUUUGGAGGUGUGCGGAGGAGCAGUGGACGCACGGUCGCUGCCCCUGCUCCGAGGGAUCGACGUGAACCGGGCGCCAUCGUCGGGCGCCGUGGAGAGGGACAGCGAAGAGGAUGCGGGGGCGUCGUCCCCCAACAGCACGCUCUCGAGCGUGAGCGGCAAGCGGGCGGAGCGCGACACCCACCUGGGCGACGAGCACGACCCCGACCGCGGGAUCAGCGACGAGGACGACGGAGAUGGCUCCCGCAAGAAGCUCCGCCUCUCCAAGGACCAGUCCGCCAUCCUCGAGGAGAGCUUCAAGGAGCACAACACCCUCAACCCCAAGCAAAAGCUGGCGUUGGCCAAACAACUCAACCUGAGGCCAAGGCAAGUGGAAGUGUGGUUUCAGAACCGAAGAGCAAGGACGAAGUUGAAGCAAACAGAGGUGGACUGCGAGUUCCUGCGAAGGUGCUGCGAGACCCUCACGGAAGAGAACAGGAGACUGCAGAAGGAAGUGCAAGAGCUGAGAGCUCUGAAGCUGUCGCCUCAGUUCUACAUGCACAUGACUCCUCCCACCACGCUGACCAUGUGCCCUUCCUGCGAGCGCGUCUCCAACUCCACCGCGUCCACGACGACCACCAUCACCACAACCUCAACCUCGUCACCGUUUGCCAACGCACCGGCGCAGCCGAUGCCGGAACACCAUCAGUUCCUCCACCACCGCACGAUCCCGGGCCCAUGGGCGCCGAUCCCGCUCCGGCCAUUCCUCGAUGCCCCUCCGCAGCGCUCGUAACUGAGCUCUCGUCAACCAUAUCACCCACACCACCAUCACCAUGACCAUGGGCUCUGGGUUCUUGCAAGAUAUGGGAUGCUACUGUUGCUGUCAGCACACGAUGAGUGCUGUGCUGUGAUGGUGAUGGUUGGGUGGGUGAUCGAUAGGAGAAUCCUGUCAGCUUUUCUUUUAUGACAGGCAUUCCUCAACUCAGAUUAUAUUCAAAGCCUAGUACUGGAUCCGGAUUACUUUUGUUUUCCUCCUAUGACUUGGUGGUGUUAAGUGUUCCGAUAGAUCUCGUUCUAAAACUGUUCUUUCUUUGGUCUGAAAUCAAGAACAUGCCUUCAUCUGAAACCAUCAAGAAAUAAACGUCAGAUUCCAUGCUGUGUCUCAGCUGGUAAUUAAGGCA